GUUUGAGCGACCGAGCCAAAGGGGGAAGCAAAAUGGCGGAACUCGAAGAUGUUACGCUAGAUGGGAAACCGCUUCAUUCGCUUCGUGUGGCGGAUUUAAAAGCUGCCUUGGAGCAACGAGGGCUGGCCAAAAGUGGGCAGAAAAAUGCGCUCAUCAAGCGACUAAAAGGGGCACUCAUGUUGGAGAGCCUGCAGCGAACCUCCACCUCUCAUCCUGGCCUGCAGCCCAACUCGCAGAUAGGGGAGGAGAUGAGCCAGAACAGUUUUAUUAAACAGUACCUGGCCAAACAGCAAGAACUCCUGCGUCAGAGAAUGGAGAGAGAGGCACGUGAGGCAGCUGAGGCAGAUGAUACAGACAGCCCCGCAGGCCCUGAGGAGGAUGAUCACACAGCUGCCAACGACAGCACCUCCUGCUUGCCAGACAAGCAUCAUGUAGCAUCUCGGUCUUUUGUGCCUGAGGAUGGAGGAGGUGAUCAGAUGGGCCCACAGGAUCCAGUUGCUCUGGGAAGCCACAGGCUGGAUCCAGGCACUGCCUCAGUAUCACAUGAUUCCACUGAUGUCCCCACAGCCAAGAUCUGGCGGCCCUCUUUUUCCCAGGAGGAGGUUGCUACUCCCUCCCCUCCCCGUGCAGUUGCCUCUCUUUCCGUGCGUGUUGUUGGUCAGCCAGAGCGGCAGGGCGUACCCCUAAUUGUCCCUCGCCCACAGCAAAGAGAAGGAACUGCCCCUGUAGAAGCAGGCCCUGCCCAUCCAAUGCCACAGCUCAGCCAGUCUGCUCGCACUCAAGAGGACAGUGAUGAAGACGAUGAUGACGACGACGACGACAGCGAUGAGGACGACAACUGGGGUCCUAUAUCUCGUGGAAGAAAGAACAUCCACACACCACCAGCACAGCGUUCGCGGCGUAAGCUUCAGCCUCCUCAACACAUUCCACCACAUCAUUCUCCACUGCAACUCAGACAACCCACUCCUCCUCCAUCCCCUCCCCCAGAGCUCUCUUUCCCCUUGCCAGACACCCCCAAACAAAGUCCCCCAGAGCAGGAUGAACCUGAAGCCCCAGAAGGGGCUGCUGUGUCCUCCCCAGUUUCCUUGCAGCGACAAGAAUCAAGCUCAAGCUCCAGAUCCAGCAGCCCUGAGCCACGAUCCCAGCACAGGCCUGGGCCACUCAGUCUGCUGGUGCGCAAGAUGGAAUCUGAGGGGGCUUUUGAUGGUGGGCAGAAGAAGGAGGAAGAGGAAGAGGGAGACUCCACUGCAGCAGCAGAAGAACAAGCUGAGGCUGGACCUGGAGUGCUUGUGUUUUCUAGAGGAGUGACUGAUGUUCACACCAGCUGUGAUUCUGAGGUAGUUCCUGAUCAUCAAGAUUCACCCCAAGAGCAGCUGCCUGAGGAGACUGUGGCUCUACCCACUAUACCAUCGAUCACAGAAAGCAGUCCUCUGGGGUCAGUGGAGAUGAAAGAAGCAGAGGGAGAACAAGAAGAAAGUUCUCAGCCGGAUGAAGACGAGAAGGAAGACAACCUGGAGGGCUGUAGUGAGCAGAAAGAGAAGGAGACAGAGGAGAGCUUUAAUGUAUCAUCAGGGAAACGUGAACGAGAGGAAUCACCGUCUCGCGUAUCCUCUGACUUUCAUCAUAGAUCACCUUCUCCUUCUCCACCUGCUCCUACAAAACGAGCACGCAUGUUUUCUGAAGUUCCACCACCCGAAUGCCUCUUGUCUCCCUCCAAACCGGAGCAGGUGUCUGUCCUUGUGUCAGGAUCACAGCAUGCAGAUGUUGAAAUGGAGACAGAAGCUCCCACUGCUUCUCCUCAGUCCUCACCUGCAAAGAAGCACGAGGAGGAAAUGAAGGAGGUGGAAACAGAUCAGCAGGGACCUGCAGAGGCAGAUGAAGCAUCAGAAGACCAUAACAAGGCUCCUCCUUCACUUUGUCCAUCGCCACCCCUGGAAAAGAUGGAAGCAGAGCGAGAAAGAGAGAGCUCUGAAGAGAACAAAAGAGCAACAUCCACAGAGAUAGACCAUGAGAAAUCCAUAGAAAGGGAAAGGGAGAGAUCUGCAGAAAGAGAAGGGGAGAAAUCCAGAGAGCGAGAAAGGGAGAGAUCUGUGGAGAGUGAAAGAGAGAGAUCUACAAAUGUAUCUGCAGAGGGGGAGAGAUCCACAGACAGGGGAAAAGAGAUGUCUGCAGAAGAAGGGAGAUCCACAGAGAGAGAAAGAGAGAGAUCUACUGGAAGAGGAAGCAAGAGAUCUGAAGAAAGUGAGAGAGGAAGAGAGAGAUCUGCGGAAAGAGAGAGAUCCACAGUGAAAUCCACAGUCCGAGAAAGAAAGAGAUUGUCAGAGAAGGAAAAAAAAUCACCUGAACGACACUCAUCCCCCUCCAGCCAGUCUUCAUCCUCUGACUCGGACUCAGAAUCCUCUUCCUCCAGUUCCUCAGGCUCCUCCCCACAGGACAAACCCAGCCCUCCCAGUCAGAAUAAGGAUAAAAAGAAGAAAGCAAGCAGCCCAGAUGAUACAGCUAUUCAGCCCUCUGAUGCAGCAGAGAAGGAAGAGCCUUUGAGGGAUGUAAAGCAGGCCACGGUUGCUGAACCCACAGGUCCCGUCUCUAUGGAGCUCCAGGAACAGCCCGAGUCGGAGAGUGCACUGGCUCAUCCUGCCUCACAGGAGGCGCCUGAGACCAGCGAGUCCCGUUCUGAUGAGAGCACCACUCCAAAAGCGUUUGCUGCACGCAAGAUUUCACUGACAACGGCUAAACCAGAGGGCGCUGCAGUGGAUGCGGAGUCUGGGGGUGGAGCUGGCAGGAAGAGGAGGUGGGGCUCCAGUACAGCAGUCACUGCCAAAAAGCCAUCAAUCAGCAUCACCACUGAAUCACUGAAGUCUCUAAUCCCAGACUUGAAGCCGCUGCAAGAAGCUGUGGUGGACCUGCAUCCUGAUGAAGGGCGUUUCUCAGGGGACGAGGACUCGGGCCAGCAGCCUGAGCGUGACGAGGACCAGGGACUUCAGAUCAGGCGUACUGUAACACAGGUGGUUCCAGCAGAAACUCAAGAGAAUGGACAGAAAGAAAAGGAGGAGGAUGAAGAUGAGGAUGAGGAACAGACAGAAGGAGAGAAAGAGAAACCCCCCAAGAAACAGAGGAGAGAGAGCUCAUCAGAGGUUGCCAUGGAAACACAGGAGGGUGACACUAAGAAGGUGACCCCUAACGACUCAGUGGUGCGGCGCUCUAUCAGUCAGCAGAAAGUGGCCGUGUCAAUCACCAUCGAUGACCCGGUCCGCACAGGCCGCCAGCUCUCACCUCCCCGUGGCAAAACAUCCAACAUCAUCCACGUCUGCAACCUGGUUCGCCCUUUUACUUUAGGCCAACUGAAAGAGCUGUUGAAUCGGACCGGUGCUGUGGUGGAGGACGGCUUCUGGAUCGAUAAGAUCAAAUCCCACUGCUAUGUAACUUACUCCAGUACCGAGGAGGCUGUCGCAACACGUGAAGCUCUUCACGGUGUGAAAUGGCCCUCUAGCAACCCCAAAGUGCUCCGAGUGGACUUCUGUGAACAGAAGGAGCUGGACUUCCACAAAGGGCUGCUGACGGGUGAAGAUCCACGAGCCACUGCAGCUCCGAGCCGCCCUACCGCCCCUCCACCACUCGUAGCCCCAACCCGAGAGAAAGAGCGGGAGCGAGAGAGAGAUGGAACAGCAACAAAUGUGAGAGACCAGUGGGCCGAGAGGGAGCGAGAGAUGGAGCGUAGAGAAAGGACACGCUCGGAGAGGGAGUGGGACAGGGACAAAGUGCGAGACUUCAACAGGGAUGAACGGGAGGUGGCCAGGAGGUCUCGAUCACGUGACCGGGACAGGCGACGCAAGGAACGUGGAAAGAGCAAAGAGAAGAAGUCGGAGAAAAAGGAUAAACCAGAGGAACCUCCUGCCAAACUCCUGGAUGAUCUGUUCCGCAAAACCAAAGCAGCUCCAUGCAUAUAUUGGCUGCCACUUACUGAAGAACAGGCGACUCAGAAGAACCUGGAACGUGCAGAGAGAAUGAAAGAGCGGGAGAAGAGGAGGAAGGAGCUGCAGGAGGAAGAGGACAAGAAACGCGAAGAGGAGAGGAAGGAGAGAGCCCGAGGCCGGGAGAGAGAGGGCGGGAACACAGCAAGCAGUGGAGGAGGCUCAAGCCGUCCACCCGAAGGAGAGAAGGACAAAGAGAGGGAGAGGGAAAGAGAGCGUGAUCGGGGUAGAGAGAAGGAGGGAGAGAAAAGGAGAGACAGCAAUCGCGGCCGAGGCAACGACUCCAAGCCAGUGGGGGGCAGCAGACGCUCACGAAGCCACAGCAACCCCUCCAGGGACAGACGACGUUGAGUGUGUGUGAGUGCACGUGUGAGAGAGAGCACCAAUGCAAGCGUGUGUGUGGUUCUUGGAGGAAAAGAUGGAAGCCCUUUCUUGCUGACUGAGUCCCGACUAUGAAGCAAAAGUUCCAGCUUUGAAAAUCAUUUUCACUUUGCAUACACAUUGGUAGCAUCACACAUUCAGUCACACUGCUGUAACAUCCUUCUUUCAGGACUUUCAAAAAAAUAAUAACUUUUUUAAUUAGAUCCAUUCUUGUGUUGUAGGAAACUUUUUCCCUAUUUUGUGAUUUUUGCAGGUUUUUUUUUUUUUGGUCUUAAACAGAUGUAUCAAGGGCUUGUGCAGAUUCAUUCUCAUAAUCACACUCUUACACAUGGACAAGGCUAGAACAUCAGAGAGAGCAGCGGGAUCAUUUAUUCCACUUUUUUUUAAGCCCUUGAAUAUCUUUUUUUUUAUAUAUAAAUUCUGAUUGGAGUCAGCUGUGGCAGUCAGUUUGCCACAUCGUAAUUUUUAUUCGUUCUGGGACUUAUCUUUGGUUCACCAAACCAACCCCCCCUUAGCAAACUGUUUUGGCCCGAGAUUCAGGUUAAUCGUGGUAUGUGUUUUGGUCACAGCCCUCAACCCUCUCAUAUCCUGCUGCACCGAACGGCUGACUACUACAUACCUGUCUGGUGUUAACUCUAGAAAGGUGCUGUUAUGAAGGAUAACAAGUGUUUAACACGUCUCGUCUCUCCCCGUCCUUCUGCUGCCUCCAUCCUUGCAUUUUUGCAUUUCCCUGUGUUCUCCUGUUGGGAGUCUGUAAUCCUCUCUGUUCUUUAGUGUUGUACUCCGAGAUCCAGAUAAGGGAGAAAACUAACAGUUAUAGACAAGAGAGGAAUGAUACAUGUUUUAAUGAUUGUUUUAACUUUUUUUUUUUUUUUAGUUUGAAAAAGAGAUUCAUAUUUGCUUUUUGAUUAUUUUUUUUUCUGAGUAUGCCAGAUGUAAAAAGAAUAAAAAAGUGAUUAAAGGAAA